AUGACUCCAGACGGUGUCAUCGUACAGCGGAUUGAGAACCCUUCGCCAGCGCAGAUAGAUGCUUCCGUCGAACUGUUCAGUAAUCUGAUGAAAGAUGAUGGGGUAAUGAAGAGCCUUACUGGCGGUGAUAUCACAUUACUCCCGUUGAUGGGUCGUGCCAUGCUCGCAGCAGGAAUAGCGGAGGGGGAAUACUACGCCGCUACAGACGACAACCGUCAAUUGCUCGGAUUCCUGAUGACAAUGCCUCCCGGUCGGGACCUCUUUGACAGCGAAACACAGCGUAACCUUGGCCUUCGCGAAUUUAUGGAGAAACUCUCCGACGCUGGCAAGGAGUACUAUCAAACCACUUACAUGUCCAGAUUUCCCGGAUUUGUGGCACAAUGCAUCGGUCCGAAGGGAAAGACGGAGUCUUUCUGGAUACAUAUGGUGAUGAUUGAUCAUGAGCACCAGAGGAAAGGUAGUAUCGCCAAAGCUCUAAUUGGGUUAGUUCGAGAAAAGGCCAUUCGUAUCGGCGCCCCCGUCGCGUUGAGCACGACUACUCCUACCAAUGCCAUUAUAUACCAGAAAAUCGGUUUCGAGUUGAAGGGACAGAUGAUUAUGCCAUCACCUUGGGAGGAAUGGCCGCUAUACGUUUUCUUCGCACCUCUUCCAUCCUACUCCCGAAAACUGUUUAGACAUGACUACUCGGAUAUCGUUUAAUCGUCUUCACUUAGGCAUCCGAGCCUAGGUGAAGUUCGUCGGUAGUGGUGCAAAUAUGUCUAGGAGGGAGUGGCAUGCUCUUUCUGGUAUGGAACCUGGA